CGUUGGCGCCGAAGGUCGCGUGCUGUCCUCGUGCGCACGUUUCAGUUAGAACUACGAAGUGAGUAACGUACUUCCGCCAUCUUGACAGUUCAGGAAAAGACCACAAAGACUCGACAGACUCUUCUGGCUGGACCAUGAGCGAACCAGCAGCGUUAGCAGAGCAGAAGAAAAGUGCAUUCAACAUCGACUUGAUUAACAUUGCACCACCAGAUGGAGAAGGAGGCAUGCAGGAGCCCAAAGUGGAACAGCUGAUGGGCAAAUUGAGGAGGCUGCAACAAGGUAAAAGAGCCCUGGCAGAAGAAAAUAAGGAUAUCGAAUCAGUCAGAGACACUUUGCAGAAAGAGCUGACAAAUUUGCAAACUGAGGCCUACCAACUGGAAGGAAAUCAUAAAGAAAAGGAAGAGUUGUGCAGAAAGCUGCAGUUCCAGCUUGAAGAAUCUCAAAAGGACUCUUACAGGUGGUUACAGCAAAACAAGAAAAGUGAGAAACUGCUGGAACAGUAUAGAUGUGAAAUCCAGGAAUUUAAGCUUAAACAACGGAAGCAGCGGAUGAAGUUCGAAAACCAGCUUCAUCAACUGAUAGUGCAGCAUAAGAAUCUGUACUCUGUCUUUACUCCAGAAAGGCUCCCUGGUGAAAUAGAGAGUGCGGAGAAGACAAAAAGUCAGCUUUUGUCAAAUGAACAAAUGAAGUUGGCUCAGCUGCAGCGCCUCAAUGUGGAGCUAGAAGAGAUGAAAAAACAGAAGCAGCCUGCAACAACAGCUGCAGAGACUCAAGAGUAAAACUAUGCCUUUUAUAGGUAGUUUUUAAGAAUCAGAGGUAAUACUCCGUCGUACUCUUCCCAGUUUGAUGCGCUUUGAUCACUGUUUGUGAAGUGAAAACCUCAAACCUUUUAAGUUUCAUCAGUCCAAGGGUUGCAGAGUUGUUCCAAACCCGUAUAGCAAAAAACUAAACUUCAGCUGACCUCAAAAUGAAGAAAAGAAUCUUAAUUUUAGUCAGAAUUGGUCAAUUUAUACCAAUAACAUUUAAGUAAAAUUUUUGCCAAUCAAAUUAUUUUCAUUUACUUCUGCAUGAGCUUGUUUCGAUGUAUUCAUAAAACCUAAAAUAUUUUUCAUACUGUGACUGGUAAAUGGUGCUUUUCAAACGCCAGUAGUAUCCUGUGUGGUACUAUGUUAAUCUGACUUAAAUACUGUGUUGUGAUAUGGCAUAAAGGUGUGCAUAUUUAAAAAUGUACUCUGAAGUUAUCAAAUGGGUUUAUUUCAUAAAUCUUAAAAGAGCCAAUUAAACAAUACAACCAGUCACUACAAUAUAUACAUGUACUUUACAUAUAUGUGCACACAGCAAUAUUCAAUUUCAGUUUUAAAGAGAUUUAAUAAAAGACUUUUUCAAAUACAAUAUAAUACUCUUUGAGGUUUUUAAAAAAAAACACAUUGACCCAGUGCAACUGAUUUCCCCAAAAUUAAUGCCAAUUAGUUUUUACAACCAAGAGCACACUUGCAUAUAUUUUAAAACUAAUUACAAAGCACUUUGAUAGUACAGUGAAGGUGAGCAUUAUCUAAUUUGUUAUUUAGCCCCUUUUUUUAAUAUAAAUAUGUACAAUAUAAUCUAGUAUAGAAAACAGUGUAACCCCUGAAGUGUUCAUAUAGUAAUAGGUCCUCCAACUCUUUUGAUGUACUGUUAAAAAAACAAAACAAAAACAAUUUAAAUGGUUUGAUGCCCAACUGAGCUCUGAAGCAGCCUGGGAACUGUACUAUAUAACUAAAUCUUUGGUUUACUAGUGUUUACAGACCAACAAAGGAGUUAGCAGUCCUGUGUAGGGCGUAGGUCUCAGUUAUGUGACUUGUGUAAGGAGGCAUGGCCUCGCUCCAGUUCUGCAAGAUGUGGCUAUCCCUUUUCUCCUACUUUCCUUUAUAGGUGAUGACUUAUUUAAAAGUCUUAUGACAGAGAAAUGGGGGCAAAAUUUCAUUUUUUUGCAUUGAAUGAUGGUAACUAUUAUUGUCUUAAUUCACACUACCUAUGAUUAGUCCAUUUACAUUUUAACCCUCUCCUCUAACCAUGAAACCCUGCAGGCCUCCUCUCUUAAUGGUUAUUUGACAUCUUCAACCCCAAGAAGUGGGUCCCCGCCUUUAUACAAGGUACACAACGCUCUCUUGAGAGGGUAAAGUUCACAGCCUGCUCUACUUACUAUAGUAGCUCUCCCUCAACAUUAGAACUAGACAUUAUUAACACAUCUUUCACUUUCUCACUCGUAUUUUGUCUUGCUCUUCAUUCUUUAUUAUCUCA